AUGGGCAAGAGCCAGUCCAAGCUGAGCGCCGACGAGCUCGCCGACCUCCAGAAGAACACUUACUUCGACAAGAAGGAACUGCAGCAAUGGUACAAGGGCUUCCUCAAGGACUGCCCUAGCGGCCAGCUGAACAAGGAGGAGUUUAAGAAGAUCUACCGCCAGUUCUUCCCCUUCGGAGACCCGUCACAGUUCGCAGACUAUGUCUUCAAUGUAUUCGACGAGGACAAGUCUGGGACUAUCGAGUUCAAGGAGUUCAUCUGUGCGCUGUCGGUCACGUCGCGCGGUCGACUGGACGAGAAGCUCAAAUGGGCAUUCCAAUUGUACGACAUCAACGGCGACGGGUACAUCACGUACGACGAGAUGCUGCAGAUUGUCCGUUCCAUCUACAAGAUGACUGGUCAGAUGGUCCGCCUGCCCGAGGACGAAGACACGCCUGAGAAGCGCGUCGACAAGAUCUUCCGCAACAUGGACCUGAACAAGGACCACCAGCUCACGUACGACGAGUUCAAGGAGGGCUCGAAGCAGGACCCGACGAUUGUCCAGGCGCUGUCGCUGUACGACGGCCUGGUGUAG